GAAUUCCUAACAUGACGGGAAAGUCUCUCGUUGUCUGACCUCUAAUUGACCAUCGACUGGUCGUGAUUGUUUCCAUUCUUCUCUCGUCCAGACUGCUGUAGCCAGCGUUCUCAAGCUUGAAAGGUGAUUCACAUGUGUCUACGCAGGAGUUACAGCACACGGUUUUUCUCAAUUGAGACUUUCUGAGUCAACCUGCGUUAACGUUUUAGUGACUAUGCUGCUCCCUUCUGAGCUCUUGCAGAUUGCUGACCGUCAUAUACAUCAUCCUCUGAUUUUUUUUGUUGCAAUGGUACUUGAAACGGAGGAGAGCCGACCUGGAGAUCCAUGGGAAACUUUAUCUAUCGAAUUUCUGAUCAAAGUUCUCAGAGAUCAUGGUCUGCCAGUUUCCACACUUGCAGCAUGUCGUUCAGUCUGUAAGAAGUGGAUGGAAAUCGUUGAUGGUCCUGAUUUGCGGAGCAAAAUCUGGAAUAAACAUGUCAUUGUCUAUUGUGACACAUUUACUGACAGCAAGGCCUUCUUUUGCUGCAGUGAUCAAUGGAUCACAAGGAAUAUUACAUUCGAAUCCAAUAGGCUAAUCGCUGCUCAUGGAGGCCUCCUGUGUUUUGAUAACCAUUUGUCGACAGAGUAUGUUCUGUAUAACCCAGUUCCGGAUAAAUUUCUGACCUUGAACGUACCUCAUGAAAUCGAUGGAAAACCUGCGGUCAUUGAUGGAAUGAUGGAAUGUGUAGUGGUGGGUUUAGUUGUGGACCGAUCUACAAAUCACUUCAAGUUGCUUUUGGGAGGAGUUCUAUUGCCAGAUGAGCGCAGAUCUUUGAUUUACGACUCGACGACCGGCACAUGGUCGUGGCUUGCUCAUCCGUUUCCUGCUAAUAUGGAACUGGGGUGCCAAGGAGGGAAAUGUGUAGCAUGUGGUGGAUGUCUGUAUUGGCUCGUAUGGAAUCGUAGGGACCACAUGAAGGCUCUGUUGAUAUUUCAUCUGCAAGAGGAGAAGUGGAGGGCCUUAUUAGAGAAAGUCGAGGAGGACAAGCCAGGCUCCCUUCAGAUUGCUGCGUAUGAAGGACAUGUGUGCUUAUUCGCCAUGGAUUGGUUUCAUCUCGACGGGUCGUUCGAUCGCAGGAGCUAUGGUGGCGCAUUUCUCCAGCAUCCAAUGGUCCGGGAAAUGGAUGGAGCACUGAUCGAAAGAACUCGAGAACUCUGGGAAGGGGAAGAAGGCAGACCUUUUAUCCUUUAUGCCGCAGGAAGCAGUGAUGCCUUCUUCAUCUUCAAUCGAGAAUAUAAUGAACUCGUGGUGGCGAAAUACUCGGCUGGAUUCGGCUUGCUGUUUUUUCUUCCCGACCCUCCUUUUCGCGAUGUCCAUGACUUUCGUUUCUGGAGAAUUCUGCUGCAAACACUCCAGGACCCCUGGUGUGCAAUAAUUCCAACGCCCGGAGUAUGUGCAGAGCAUGAGUGGAUAACACAGCCGCGGAGAGAGCCGCAGGAGGAGGUGCUGGAAGCUCCGAGAGGAGAUGCUGCGCCGGAAGCUCAAGCAGGAGGAGAGGAGGUGCAGGAAGGCUCAGGAAACGAAUAGGCAUUGGAAUUCCCGGGAGAAGAAGGGCAGCAUUAGGAGCUCCAAGAAAGAUCAGUUUCUUAACCAGAACUAUAACAUUGUCUAAAACUAUCGAUAGCCAGGAUUGUUCGAAUCUUGAGGAAACUGGAGGCUUUGAAAAGAUUUUCCUCUGCUUGCGUUACCAUGGACUUGAACUGUGUUAGUAGUCCUCUACUGGAAAAGUCGACUCAUAAACUCAUGACUGGAUGCAUCCUCAAUUGCUGUGCGAUAGAGGUGGCUAGUGUCAAUGUACUUGGACUUCCAGACCAGGCCUGCUUGGCAUGUUCUUUGAGCCCAAAGGUCACAAGCAUUGAAGAAUACAGGAUUCUCUUCUCGGCUUGAGCGAUUAAUAGCGAAUCUUGGGAGACGUAUAGGCGGAACGACAAAAACCAAUUUGUUCUUCUUGGUAGACGACGUACAGGCAGCUCGGCGACUGCUACCAUGACGAGCGCGCAGCCCCCGAUCCCAGAACUGUUGCAUGAAGUAACGAUCGAAAAACCCAUUUGCAAUAAAAGGUAUCAGACCUUUUGUAGACCUUAUGUUGUAGAAGGUUUUCUGCCAAGCAUUUGGCUACGGAAUUAACCGUCAAAAGUUUCGUGUACAUAUGUUCUCACCGAUGUAAUAAGCC